GUUAGUGUGCGCUGGGUUGGCUCUGCUACAGUGAUCUCUCUUCACCCAAUGCACCUUUACUUAAUUUUCCUCUGAGGAGAGGAGAGGAGAGGAGAGGGGCGAGGAGGGGAGGGGAUUCUCUGCGCCUGCCUUUUGUCUUUUCAACCCUGCUUACAGCUGUGUGUCUGUGUCCUUUGUUCAAUUCCUUUUUGUGUCUUGGGGUCUUUGCUCUCACCACUGUCACCCAUUAAUCCACCACCUUCUUUGAUCGAACACAUGAUCUUGUCCUAAUUGUUCGUCUCCUUGGACUGCCUCGAUGAAUCGAGGUCUGGUGUUCUGAGCUUGAUCGAUCCAGCUGUUGCGGGGAGGAGCGGUGAAAUGGACAUGAACGAAAGGGAUGAAUGCAGCUCGGAGAAGAAUGAGCACCAUUUGACUUACAGCAAUGCUGGGUUUUCUUCUGGUUGGCAAUUCCGGAACCCAUCGGUAGGCAUCGUUCCCGGUGACCAGAGAGGUUCCAUGGAGGACUCCUUCAAUCCCAGCCUCUGGAAGCUGUGUGAGAGUGAUAUGCCUGCCAUUGCCAAACCAGUUCCUGCGACUUCAAGGUUCGACGACGGCUGGACUCCUUCAGAUUCAUCGUCCCGAGGAGGAACCUUCCUCCCGAGUGGCCCUCCGAUCCUCACCCCAACCCUGUCUCACUUCCCGGCUGAUUCGGCUUUCAUCAAGCGAGCUGCGAGGUUCUCUUGCUUCAGUGCCGCAAGCUUGGGCGGCAUGGCGACUCCUUUUGGCGCAUCUCAUUUGGCCGGUGCUCAGAUUCACAACAUCGAUAUCAACAUGGCAAAAGAUGCCUCGUUGCAUGAUGUUGAGCCUGGCGAAGCUGCUGUUCCCAGUGGGGUUGGGGGUGGGCAUGAGAAUGCAGAUUCUUCCUCCAAAGACCUUGCUGCUAAGAAAAGAAGAAGAUCCAGCGAGGAGUUAGAAGCGGAGCGAGGAGACCCACAAAUGGCUGCUGAAGCCAAGACGGAGAGUGUGGACACUGAUCACAAGGCUGAGCAGAGCAGCUCCACUGCUAAGCCUAACGGGAAGCAUGACAAGGAUGCCUCAGAAGCACCAAAGGAAGACUACAUCCAUGUUCGAGCUCGGCGCGGCCAGGCAACGAACAGCCACAGUCUUGCAGAGAGAGUGAGAAGGGAGAAGAUUAGCCAGAGGAUGAAGCUCCUUCAGGAACUUGUUCCUGGUUGCAGCAAAGUCACAGGAAAGGCAGUAAUGCUUGAUGAGAUCAUCAACUAUGUUCAAUCACUGCAGCAGCAGGUUGAGUUCCUGUCGAUGAAGCUUGCAGCUGUGAAUCCAAGGCUGGACUUCAACAUAGAAUCACUUCUCUCGAAGGAUUUUCUUCAGUCUCAUGGCGGGACUUCAUCCGCGAUUGGUUUCUCGCCUGAUGCGGUUCAUCCUCAAAUGCAUCUAUCUCAACAAGGACUGGUGCAAGCUGAAAUAUCUGGCAAUCUAAACCAUCCAAAUGCAUUCAGAAGAGCAGUGAACUCGAUGCCCAAUGCAUGGGAUGAACAGCUACAAAAUGUCAUGCAAAUGGCUGCUUUCAGCAGCAACUCUCAGCAGCCAAGAACUCAAUGAUGCAUCCCAUCAUAACCAUGAAGCUAUAUAAAUAUAGUUGAUGUUUGCACUGCAUGUCCUCGUGUUGCCCCAAAAUGAGCACAGAAUCCCUGUAAAGCUGAGCCUUGACAACUGUGUUGGAGAUGUUGGAAUCUGAUGCUGUUCUAAGAACAUGGCAGAGUUCAGAUGCUUGGAAGCUACAAGAUUGACCACGAUCAACACUUGGAGCAGAAGAUGGAUUCCUUGCUGGCAGAUUUGAACCCAUAGCAAGUGUCAUUGAAGGGUCUCAAAUCAGACUGCACAGAGAUAAUUAAAUCAUGGGGAAAUUGGAAGCUUGCAUUGGCAGAGAAAUGGAGCAGAAGAGAGUUCAUUUGAAGGUCUGUGACAUCGGCCUUGAAGUGAGUCUUCACUUUCUUGUUCUUGAAAUUAAUGGUGGGAGAUGGGAACUGUAAGCAGACCUUAAAAUCUUUGCAUUAUGCAUCCAUGUUCUAAAUGACUUUA